AUGGCGGCCCGCCCGCUCGUGACUGUGUACGAUGAAAAGUACGAGGCCACUCCGUCUCAAAUUAAGCUCCCAGCGGUUUUCCGCACUCCAAUCCGUCCGGAUUUGGUGAGCUUCAUUGCUGACCAGGUCCGCAGAAACAAGAGACAGGCUCACGCCGUUAACACCAAGGCCGGUAAGUAUUUGUUGUAGUAAUUUGAGAAAAGUGAUGUGAAACACAUCACAUGAUCGCUGAUUCAUUUGAAGAAGUAUGAUAAAAGGAGAUCUUUAGGAAAGCAGCACUCCGCUGAGUCCUGGGGAACCGGACGCGCCGUUGCUCGUAUUCCACGUGUCCGUGGAGGUGGUACCCACCGUUCCGGACAGGGAGCUUUCGGAAACAUGUGCCGUGGAGGACACAUGUUCGCCCCACUCAAGGUGUUCCGCCGCUGGCACCGCAACGUCAACAUUGCCCAGAAGAGAUACGCCGUCUCCUCUGCCAUCGCUGCCUCCGGAAUCCCAGCUCUGCUCCAGGCUCGCGGUCACAUCAUCGACCAGGUGAGUCACAGGUCUUUCUUUCAAUGCUUAUGUUUGAUUUUCAGGUUGCCGAGGUUCCAUUCGUCGUCUCCGACAAGGUCGAGAGCUUCCGCAAGACCAAGGAGGCCGUUACCUUCCUCCGCCGCUCCCACCUGUGGGCUGACAUCGAGAAGGUAAAUUAAAAUGACAAGACCUCGUAUUUAUUCUUUUUGAUUACAGGUCUACGCCACCAAGAGAAACCGCGCUGGAAAGGGAAAGCUCCGCAACCGUCAGCACAAGCAGAAGCUUGGUCCAGUCGUCAUCUACGGACAGGACUCAGAGUGCGCUCGUGCUUUCCGCAACAUCCCAGGAGUCGAUGUCUUGAACGUUGAGAGACUCAACCUCCUCAAGCUCGCCCCAGGAGGUCACCUUGGACGUCUCAUCAUCUGGACCGAGUCUGCCUUCAAGAAGCUCGACACCAUCUACGGAACCACCGUCGCCAACUCCUCCCAGCUGAAGAAGGGAUGGUCCGUCCCACUCCCAAUCAUGGCCAACUCUGACUUCUCUCGAAUCAUCCGUUCCGAGGAGAUCGUCAAGGCUAUCAGAGCUCCGAAGAAGAACCCAGUGCUCCCGAAGGUCCACCGCAACCCACUCAAGAAGAGAACGCUCUUGUACAAGUUGAACCCGUAUGCUUCUAUUCUCCGCAAGGCCGGUCGUGCUACCGCGAAGAAAUAA